UCGGUCUCCUGCUGUGAUCACACACCAUCAGCCAUGUCCAUGUCUCUGUCCUUAUCCUCAUCGCGGCUGUCUGGCCUGGGCUUUGGUGGAGCGGGGGGUGGCAGACUGGGCCUAGGGCAUGGCGGAGGCGCUGGCUUGGGCAUGGCGCUGGGUCUCGGAGGAGGCCUGGGCAUGGGUGGGGGAUCUGGAGCUGGGGCAGGAUACGGGAUGGGCCUGGGCUUUGGUGGUGGUGGUGGUGGAGCUGGGUUUGGCCUGGGUGGUGGUGGUGCUGGAGCUGGGUUUGGCCUGGGUGGUGGGGGUGGUGGAGCUGGGUUUGGCCUGGGUGGUGGGGGUGGUGCAGGGGCGCUGGUUGCCAGCCCGGCCUUUGCCAUGGGCCGCACCAUGGCAUCGGGAGGCCUCAGUGCCGGCGUCGCCCUGGCCGCUGGCCCUAGUGCGGGCCCUGCCAUACCUGCCGUGCUCUCCCGGGCGGCCGAGAAGCACACGCUGGCUGGCCUGAACGACCGCUUCUCCUCCUACAUGGCCAAGGUGCGCGGGCUGCAGCAGGAAAAUGCUGCCCUGGAGGCCAAGCUCUCCCAGCUGACGGGCGGCGCGGACAUGUCCCCCGAGUCCUCCGCCACCUCCGCCGUGGAGUACGAGGCCCAGCUGAGCGAGUACCGCAACACGCUGGAGACCCUCUCCCUCGACACCGUCAAGCUGGAGAUCGAGCUGGACAACGUCCGUGGCGCUGCCCAUGAACUCAAGGCCAAGUAUGAUUUUGAACAGGGUGUGAAGUUCCAACUUGAGUCUGACAUCGCUUCGAUGAAAAAGGACAUUGAGAUGGCGUCAGAUAUCCGAAUUGAUUUGGAUGCCAAAUACAAUAGUCUGAAAAGUGAACAGGAAUUCAUCUCCAAGACACAGGAGGAGGAGCUGUCUUCUCUGCAGACCAAACUCGGCACGACUGCCAUGGACACUUCUGUGUCUAUGAUCGAGGUGGACACGGGCAAGUCCUUUGACAUCGCAACUGCCCUCAACAGCAUAAGGAUGGAGUACGAGAAAUCCGUGCACCAGCACAGAGAGGAGGCCGACGCCUACUACAAACUCAAGAUGGAGGAGAUCCAGACCCAAACGGUGAAGAGCUCAGAAGCCAUCUCCACAGCCAAGGUGGAGAUAACAUCGGCCAGGAAAGAGCUGCAGGCUCUGAGUCUUGAGCUGCAGAGCAUGGUGUCUGUGAACAUGUCUCUGGAGCAGAGCAUGGCGGAGGCCCAAGCCCAGGUCAGUGUGGGUGUCUCUGAGUACCAGGCUCAGAUCGCCAGCCUCACCGCUGCCAUCGAAUCAGCAAAGGGAGACCUCCACAAGCAGAUCCUGGCCUACCAGGAACUGUUGGACGUCAAGCUCGCCCUGGACGUGGAGAUAUCAACGUACCGCAACUUGCUGGACGGAGACGACUUCAAGUUACCGGAGUUCACUGAAACAUCCUAUACUUUCACAGCGGAAAGUGGCAGCACCAUAGAGGUGAAAGAGAUCAUCACAGAACACGUGGAGACAUCGGUCGUCUCGGAUGCCGACGGUGACGGUGACGGUGACGGUGACGGUGACGGAUCAGAGUCCUCUUGAUCCUCCCGGUGACAUGCACAUACAGUACAUACCCUGAGUCUGUGAUGGCUGUUAACUGAUGUCUGUGCUGUGCUCAUUCCACUCUGGAC